AUGUACUUACGGCAAUCAAAAAGUAGUGACGGAGUACGUAAAGAAAUACCAGAAGAUGAGAAACCAUAUGAAGUUGAAGAAAAUGAAAAUUCAGAUAAAGAAGUUAUUAUAAAAAAGAUACCAUCAUCAAAUCGUACACCAUCAGCAACAACAGUUACUAAAUCGAAAAGAAGUUUCACAAUACAGCAACAAAUCCCAGUUUCUAAACGUUUACGGUUCUCGACAAAUGAUCCCUAUGAACAACGUGAAUAUGAACGUCUCAAUUUACAACAAGUAGUAGAUCAUAUGAAGGAGAUGAACACAACUUUGUUGAAAUUGCAAAAGCAACAACAAUAUACGAUAGUAGCUGUAGUUCGUCAAGAUAAUUUUCUAAGAGAUUUGUGCAAAAAUCAAAAAAAAGCUCGCAAAAAGUUUUAA